UGUAAUCAAAAGGAUUAAAAAAAAAUCAUCCAUAAUCCACUGACAGUCGACAUAGCACAAUCUUGCAUCUAAAAAAAAUUGGCUUGAAGAGAUGAAUCAGAUGAAUUUGUGAUUUGUUAAUUGUAUUGAUAAAAAAACUAAGUUUAAAAUAAUCAUCACUUUUAUUCGAGAUAAUAAUUCAUAAUAUUAAAAUAAUGUUGAAAGUAUACAAAUCGAAUUGUUUUCCUUCCAAUCAAAACCAGUUCUUCAAUACAGUCUUCGGUCAAUAACUCGUUAGCAAUCCGGAAUACCACAAGUGUGUAGACUGUAGUCUACCUUCAAACGGAUCGACAUUCACGUAUCUACAUAAUGCAUCAACUUGAAACAGAAUUAAAGGACUGCAAUGUUUCGCCACCAGCUAGGCAGUAUUUGUUCGACUUCACAAAAACAGACGACGUGGAUAAUUGGCAAGAACAAUCCGAUACAGUGCGGAGUGUAGGCAUGUCCAAAGCGGUGCUAGUUAUACAUAGGAAUGCAGAGUUCAGGAGAGCUAUAUUUUUUGCAUUGUUAAACCCUCAACCUAAUGGUGCUGGGUUUGCUGGCAUACGCGCACUUGGAUCGUACGAUUUGACGGGUCACACUAAACUGCAAAUCCUUUGCCGAGGGCAAGGACAACAUAACGGCUUCAAAGUUGUACUCAGACAUAAAGGACUGAAUGAUGAACCUAAUUAUUCGUUCGAACAAUACUUCCAGGCCCCGAAAGACGAGUUUGCUAUACGUGAAUUACCUUUUUCGGAAUUUAAAGCUUAUUACAGAGGAAAACGUGUGGUUAACAACGAGACAUUGGAUUUAUCUCAAGUAUCCAGUAUUGGUUUUCAAAUGUAUGGCGGAGUUUAUCAACCAAUCAAACAAAAAGGGCCAGCUACUUUGGAAAUAGACUGGAUACGAGCGGAAUAAAUGUUUAUAGCUUUUUGUGACCUAAACCCAUGCGGGUUUACAAUUUAUACCUACAUUAUCCAUGACUUAUCGAAAGUACAAGUAACAUUUUUGUCUAUGUCUUUAAAAAUCAUUUUUCUUCCGUGAAAAAAUAUUACCGGAUUUUAUCUACUUACUAAUAAAACAUGCGCGGGCACAUAAAAAUAUGACAACUAACCUCACGUGUAAGCGUUACCUAUGCGUGUUUUGGUCACACAAGCUAUUAAGUAUUUAUAUCAAUACACGGCGUUUACUAUUUUACAAUUAAUUUAAUAAGAAUUAAUGUACGAAUAGAAAUAAUUACUGAA